AUGAACCAGACGGAUGGCUUCACCAAGAACGGCCAUGCACCACCACCCACCGAAUCGAGAAAGAGCUAUCGAUCUCAUUUUUUUUUCCAUUUCACUGAAAUAAUCUACCCUUUAUCUUCCUUUCUUUUCUUUUUUGUCCGUUUCUUUCUUUCCUUUUUCUCUUUCUUUUUUUUUCUUUUUCUUUCUUUCUUUUUUUGUCUUUUUCUUUCUUUCUUUCUCUUUCUUUUUUUUCUUUUUCUUUCUUUCUUUUUUUGUCUUUUUCUUUCUUUCUUUCUCUUUCUUUUUUGUCUUUUUCUUUCUUUCUUUUUUUGUCUUUUUCUUUCUUUCUUUCUCUUUCUUUUUUGUCUUUUUCUUUCUUUCUUUUUUUGUCUUUUUCUUUCUUUCUUUCUCUUUCUUUUUUGUCUUUUUCUUUCUUUCUUUUUUCUCUCUUUCUUUUUUUGUCUUUUUCUUUCUUUCUUUCUUUCUUUCUCUUUCUUUUUGUCUUUUUCUUUCUUUCUUUCUCUUUCUUUUUUGUUUUUUCUUUCUUUCUUUUUCUCUCUUUUUUUGUGUUUUUCUUUCUUUCUUACUCUCUUUCUUUUAUGUCUUUUUCUGUCUUUCUUUCUUUCUAUUUUCUGUUAA